CCUUGAACAAAUUCCAUGGCUGCUCCAGAGAACAUGUCCAUUGUUUUCUACUAGUCAUAUUAAUAGAUAAUAAUAAUACCCUCUGCCUCAUUUUCUUUAUCACCUCUCUCUCUUUCUCUCUCUCUCUCAAAACACACGCUCCUUCCUUCUUAUCUGAUCAAGAAGAUGGGAAGAGCUCCUUGCUGUGACAAAGCCAACGUCAAGAAAGGGCCAUGGUCUCCGGAAGAAGAUGCCACACUGAAGUCUUAUAUCGAGGAAAAUGGCACCGGUGGUAACUGGAUAGCUUUGCCUCAAAAAAUUGGGCUGAAGAGAUGUGGCAAGAGCUGUCGCCUUAGAUGGCUAAAUUAUCUUCGUCCAAAUAUCAAACAUGGAGAAUUCUCGGAAGAAGAAGAUAACGUAAUUUGCAGCCUCUACAUAAGUAUUGGGAGCAGGUGGUCAAUCAUUGCAGCACAGUUACCCGGAAGAACUGAUAAUGAUAUAAAGAACUACUGGAACACGAGGCUGAAAAAGAAGCUGCUAGGUAAGCAGAGAAAGGAAGUCCAAGCACGUCGAGAUCAUGCCAUUCAGAAGCAGCAGGAGAUGAUGAUGAAGAAGAAAGUGAUGGAAAAUCAAGGAGCUUCCGAGAUGCUUCCUGAUUGCCACAACCUCAACCAAAGCCCUUACUGGCCAGACCUAGCUGUGCUGCCUCCAAUUCCAUACUCAAACCAAGAGCCACGCUUCAACGACCACACUUCUUUCAGAAAAUUGCUCAUAAAUCUUGGUGGGAGAUUCUCUGAUCAUAAUCCUGAUCACAGUACUCUUAAUCCGGAUUUAAUUGUCGACCCUCAGUUUCAGACAAGUGGUACUAUUUCAUCUGUUCAGCCACCCCUCACCAUCAAGAGCUCUCAUUUGGAAGCCUUAAACAGUAACAAUAUUUCUCAAUUGCCAAAUAAUAACCACUGCAAUAUUAGUGAUCAAGCUGAAGGCAGUACAUUUCCCGGUGAAUUUAUUGAAGAAAUGUUGUACACUAUUCCUCCAAGACACGACGGAUUGGAAUUUUUAUAUGGGGACACAAGAUUUAGUACUAAUGGGGAAUUAAGCAUGGAUUGGGGUGAGAUGAGCUCUCUAUCAUACCUUCCUCCAGUAGAUCAUUCCAGCUGUGAAACGGCUCUUCAUCAGCCUACAAGCACAAUGCAAAAAGUUGGUUUUGAGGGGCUGAGGUACAUGGGAUCCGACGCGCAAUGACAAUAACGGUAUUGUACAUUGAGGUGUAAAUUUUUAUCAAGGGUUGUUGCAGACUGAUGGCAAAACCCUAGCUAAAUCAAUAAACUUAGUUUCUGAAAAGUUUCUCUUAUGUCUUAAUUAUGAUUGUUCUGAUAUUAGUAUUAUUGUGUUUGUA